AUGUGGUCCCCUUCACUCCUCCUCGUGGCCUCGCUGCUCUUGGGAGCGGCCGGGGCUGCCGGAACUCGCAAGACGUAUAUUGUCCACAUGCAGAACGCGGAGGAGUCCGGUGUGCUCCGCCGGUCCCUCAUCUCUGCCUCGCUGGACGCCGCCUCGGUCGACGCCGACCACGUGCUCUACACCUACCAAAACACGCUCAACGGCUACGCGGCCAAGAUCACCGAUGAGCAGGCCGACGCGCUCAGAGCCCAGCCCGGUGUCCUCUCCGUCAGACCCGACCAUGUGUAUCAGCUUCAGACUACCCGGACGCCGGCCUUCCUCGGCCUCGAGAACUCAGCCCUGCUCGGCCGGGACGCCUACGGCGUCGGCCCGGAGAGCUACCUGGAGGAGAGAGACGGCCUCAACGGCACCAGCGCCGAGUCGAACCUUGUCGUCGGCGUCUUUGACGGGGGCAUCUGGCCCGAAAGCGCGAGUUUCUCCGACGAAGCGAUGCCGCCCAUCCCGGCCCACUGGAAGGGCGCGUGCGAACCAGGCCCAAACUUCACGACGGGCAACUGCAACAGGAAGAUCAUCGGCGCGAGGAUCUUCUACAAGGGCUUCGUAGCCGGGUCCACCGAAGAGAAUGGAGGCAACUUCACCUGGGACGGGAUCACGCAGUCGCCGAGGGACGACGACGGGCACGGCACGCAUUGCGCCUCCACGGCUGCCGGUGCUGUGGUGCCGAACGCCAGCAUCUUCGGGCAGGCGGCCGGGACCGCGCGCGGUGUGGCCCCGGGCGCGCGCAUCGCCGUGUACAAGGUCUGCUGGGGUGACACCGGGUGCUGGGACUCGGACGUGCUGGCGGCCAUGGACCAGGCCAUCGAAGACGGCGUCGACGUCAUGUCUCUCUCUUUCGGCGCUCCCGAGCCUCAGUUUAUCCCGGAUGAAGGUCUGGUCGUCGGCUCCUAUGCCGCGAUGCGCAAGGGCAUCUUUGUUGUCAGCGCUGCCGGGAACGCGGGACCUUCUUUCGGAACGACUGUUGGGCUCGCCCCUUGGGCCUUGACUGUUGCAGCCAACACCCUCGACCGGGAUUUCCCUGCACAUCUUACGCUUGGGAACGGCAAGACUUACACUGGCUACACUCUCUAUACCAACGGUUCCGUUGCCGACGAGAAGCCUCUCACGGACGGCGAGGUCUUCCCGCUGAUUCACGGUGCCGAUGCCAGCAACGGCAACAGUACCAGCGGAGCUCUCUGUUUGAGUGAUAGCCUCGAUCCUGCUAAGGUCGCUGGGAAGGUCGUCCUCUGCGUGCGGGGCCAGAACCGCAAGGUCGAGAAGGGAGUAGCUGUCAAGGCUGCCGGUGGACGCGGCAUGAUCCUCGUUAAUCCGCCCGCCAACGGCGACAACUUGGUCCCGGACGCUUACCUGCUCCCCGCCAUGCACCUCAACAAGGAAGACGGGCCCGAAGUCGAGGCCUACGCCAAGGCCGGCGGCGGAACGGCCAUUCUGGACUUCCCCGGCACCCGCGUCGGGGUCCCGGCCCCGGUGAUGGCCGCCUUCAGCUCCCGAGGCCCGAACAUCAAGGUCCCCCAGCUCCUCAAGCCGGACAUCACUGGUCCCGGCGUCUCCAUCCUGGCCGCGUGGAUCGGCAACCAGGGCCCCAGCAGCCUCGCCGAGGAUGCCCGCAAGGUGGACUUCAACAUCAUCUCCGGCACGUCCAUGUCCACCCCGCACUUGGCCGGCAUCGCCCUGUUCCUCAAGGCCCGGCGUCCGGACUGGAGCCAUGCCGCCAUCCGCUCCGCCAUCAUGACCACCGCCUACACCACGACCAAAGGCACCCAGUCGCCGCUGCUGGACUACGCCAACUCCCAGCCCGCCUCGCCAUUCCACUACGGCAGCGGCCACGUGGACCCGGUUGCUGCCCUGGACCCGGGCCUCGUUUACGACAUCGCGCCCGACGACUACGUUGGCUUCCUCUGCGCCGUCAACAGCACCUUGGAAUUCGUAACCGGCAUGACGAGGAGCAAUGCCACAUGCGACAAGAAGAAGACGUAUAGCGCGUACGACCUCAACUACCCUUCCCUCUCCGUCUUGUAUAGCAAUCCAGGAUCCAGCGACGGCGCAUAUACGGUUAAGAUCAAGCGCAUUGUCACCAACGUCGGCGGCCCCAGCACCUACACGGCUGCUGUCUCGCUGAAUGACGCAAAGCUAGUCAAGGUCUCUGUUGAACCCGAGACGCUUGAAUUCAGCGCGGCGGGCGAGAAGAAGAGCUACGAGCUCACUGUGACGAUGAGCUCUCCACCUAGCGCGAAUGCUACAUCCUGGGGGAGACUGGUGUGGACUGAUGGCAAGCACAUCGUAGGUAGCCCGCUGUCUUUUGUAUGGGGCGUCUAG